UAAAUCCUAUUAUUAAUUUUACAAAACCUAUUGUAAAACCUCGAAUUUUAGUUGGUAAUGAAAUGUCAUCGGAAACAUCAAGUGAAAUUAAUUCAACAAAGAAAACAUUAAAAUUUUUAACACCAAAAUUAAGUGAUAGAGUACAAUAUAGUAGUUCAGCUACAAUGGGUGUUACAAAUACAAAUAAAAAUAAUAUUAGAAAAAUUGUUGUAGGUGCUGCUAGUACAAAAAUAAAUGGAAUGGAUUCAAUGUAUGAGGAUUGUGGACGUCAAAUAACAAAUCGUAUUUAUGGUGGUGAAAUUGCUGAAUUAGAUGAAUAUCCUUGGUUAGCACUAAUAUUUUAUAAUUCUGAUGAGUUUGGUUGUAGUGGUUCUUUGAUUAGUCAUAACUUUGUUUUAACAGCAGCACAUUGUGUAACAGGUGGUAUUGUACGGAAGAAGAAUGGAUUGAAAUUAAUAAGGCUCGGUGAAUUUAAUGUAAAUUCACAACCUGAUUGUAUUGAAGAAGAAAAUUAUUUGAAUUGUGCUGAUGCUGCUAUUGAUGUUGAAGUUGAUAAAAUUUUUGUUCAUCCGAAUUAUAAUGAAGAUUCACCAUUUAAGUCUGAUGACAUUGCAUUGAUUCGAUUAAAAAAUUAUGUUUCAUUUACACAUUUUAUAAUGCCAAUUUGCUUGCCAAAAUUUAGUAAUAAAAUGCUAGAGAAUCCAUUUCAAGAGGGAAAAUAUUUUUCAGUUUCUGGCUGGGGACGUACUGAUUUAUUCAAUGAUUAUUUUCCAAAUAUUCGAAGUCCAAUCAAAUUAAAAUUGCAAGUACCUUAUGUAACCAACGAGAAUUGUUCAGAAAUUUUAAAAGAACAUGGAGCUGAAAUAACUGAUAAACAAAUUUGUGCUGGUGGUGAACUAUCAAAAGAUACAUGUGCUGGUGAUAGUGGUGGACCACUAAUGUAUUUUGAUAAAAAUGUAUACAGAUGGAUCGCUUACGGAAUUGUUAGUUAUGGAUUCUCUCAAUGUGGUUUAGCAGGUCAUCCGGCUGUAUAUACAAAUGUUACUGAAUACGUUGACUGGAUACAUUCUGUAAUGCAUGGCUCUGGAAAAUAA